CAUAACUGGUACACCUACCCUAUAAUAAAUUAUUACACAUGCGAAAUUAACAGUUCACGGAAGUAUGAUGUUUUUCGCAUAAUUUCAAAUAUAUGUGAUGGCAUAUUUUGUGUUUAAUCUAACACUGAUCUAUAACUUUGGAGUGACUGUAAGUAGGUAGAAUGAAUUGUGCCGUAAAGUACAACCCACUUGUGCUGACACCACUCGGCAAUAAAUAUCACACGGUGCACGAAUAAAUAAAAAUCCCAAUCCUAUAGAAACAACAAUUUCACUUUCAUUUUCCAAUCACGCCACCCAUGCAAUCUAGUUCGCUUCGAUUUGUAACAUUGAUUUUCGGCGCCAUCGUUGCAUGGGAACCGGAAAAGUGGCCCAAAUACUCUCCAUAGAAUUCGGCCUACUGCUGCAAGAACCAGAAACCCGCUUCAGUCAGUGCUACUCGGUGCUCCGGUGCAGUUCCGCCGCAACCCGAAUGGCGUCGGAGUUGGUUCGUGAUUUCAAAAAUCAUAAAAUCGUUCCGGAUGUGAUUCCGGUUCCGCCGGAGUCACUCCUGCAGGUGACCUACCCGGGUGAGCAGAAGGUGAACCUGGGCAACAUUCUGAUGCCCAAGCAGGUCAAGGACUGUCCGGUUGUGCAGUGGCCAGUCGAGCCGAAGACUUUCUACACGCUGUGCAUGACGGAUCCGGAUGCUCCGAGUCGGACCACGCCGAAGUUCCGUGAGUGGCAUCACUGGCUGGUAGUUAACAUACCGGGAACGGAUCUCGAGCGUGGCGAAGUGCUGUCCGAGUACAUUGGAGCAGCUCCACCGAAGAAGACCGGGCUGCAUCGGUACGUGUUUCUGGUGUAUCAGCAGAAUGGGCGGAUGAGCUGCGGCGAAACGAGACUUUCCAAUCGAAGCUCCCAAGGACGCGGGAAAUUUUCGAUUCAGAAAUUCUCCGAAAAGUACCAGCUGGGAAUACCGGUGGCGGGGAACUUUUUCCAAGCGCAGUUCGAUGACUACGUACCGAAGUUGUACCGGCAGUUGGGACAGUUUCAGAAUGCUUUCUAGUGCUGCAACGCGCGCGGAACCCAUACGAGUCCGAUUGAUGGACGUUGCGUGUCGAUGUUUGCAGGCAAUGUGUUGUUAGCUGCCAUGUAUGUAGGGUAACUCGGUGUAAUACGCCCCAACGGGGCAAUACGCCCCUCUGAAUUUUCACGGGAUUGAAGCUUCUUAU